AUGGUUGCCAGUGCCAAUGCCGACAUAUACUCCCCCUUCCAGCCGCCCCUGCUCUCAGAAGAAGGUCCGCAAUCCAGUGAGGAGGGCUCAGGUCUGCAUUCGCCUGUCUUUGGUGCCCAGUAUUCCGCCCACGGCGACAGUUUCCGGUAUCAACAUGACCAGCUGGACGUGCACCACCCCGCCGCACCGGCUCCUGCCAUGAUCGCGCCGGGAUACGAUGGCUACGCGCACCCCCACCACCACCAUUCACUGAACGCGGCCCAACAGCCUCCGAUGCUUGACUCCGCGCUAGAGCUCCCGAACUCCAACUCCUCAAGCGCCCGGCAGGUCACGUUCGCGUCGCAGCAGUUCCCCAUCGGCCCGCGUAACAACCACAACCAGCUCGGGAUCGACUUCCGGGGCCCGCCUCCUCUAUCCUCCUCCUCCUCCUCGACUGGCAUCGACUUUCGCUAUAGUCCCCCCACCGAGCGACGGUUGCCUGGUGGACCGUCCCAUGACCACUCCUACGCCCGCCAGCCCGGGUCCUCCUCGUCUAGCGGCGGCGGAAUGCCCUCGCUGGAGGCUGAUCACAGGAACGCGCUCGUGAACAACACGCCCACGACACGCUCGGGCCCCUCGCCCUCCAACGCCGCCAACACCACCGCCCAGUCAGGCUCGGGCACCAGUAAUCCCACCGCGUCAUCCUCCUCUACCGCGCGGAAGGAGACUACCGCCCCCGUUGUCAUAGCCUGUCGCCAAUGCCGUUCCCGCAAAAUCCGCUGCGACUCAACAAGGCCCGUAUGCAACAACUGCGUCCGGCGAUCGAACGAGUGCGAGUACGAUUUGGUGCCCAAGCGGAGGGGCCCCGAUAAGCGUCCCGGCACGCGCCAGCGCUCCUGUAAAAAGAGACCUGCGGACGGGAGUGCUCCCCCGCCCCCGAAACGUAAACGAACGAGUGGGCCUGCUACGGGGGAUAGGGCUGAACAAGAGGGCCUUUCGCCACAUCAGCUUCAGCAACAGCAGCAGCAAGAGGACCUUUCGCCACAGCACCUUCAGCAGCAGCAGAUCCAACAACAGAGAGACUACUACGCGCACCUCCCACCCCCGUCUCUACACCAACAAUCCUCCACCUCGAUUUCGGCGUCAGCGUCGGCGUCGGCGUCAAGAGCGAAAGAGAACGACCUCGGCUUGAAGCGGUCCUCGCCCGGAUCAAGACAGCAGCUCGACCAUCGCUACCAGGACUUGCACUACCCGUCGCCUUAUCAUCAAGGACAAGGGCCACCGCCCUCGCCCACCGAUUUACGGAUCCCACCACCGUCGUCAGCGUCGGGGUCGGAGGUUUCACAUCAUUACAAGCACGAGUUGUCGGCCCCGUACCGUCGAACAUCCUCGUAUAUGCAGUACGAUCAAGGUUCCUAUACCAAACCGUCCUAUCCGCGCCAACUCGACGUAAAUACUUUCGCAUUUCCAGACACGCAUCACUCUCCCUCUCACAUCAGUCACCUGGGGUCAGCAGGGACGGCAAUGAGAGGACGGCCCACCAGCACCGGCAUGGGCACCAGCAGCAGCACCAGCAUGGGCACGGGCGGAAUAACGACUUCUUCGACUGAGCGAGAGCUGGAGAUGGAGAUGGAGAUGAGGAGGUGGUGGGAGAGGAUUUUGAGGAGUUAUAGUACUCAUGAUAUCGCGGCUGAAGUUAAUUUCCUCGUUAAUAACACUGGACACCUUCUUUCAUUCAUCAACGUCGACUAUCUCGUGCGGCGGCUCCAAUACGAGUUUGGCGAACACUCUCACUCUCACUCCCAUUCCCACAACACCCAAUCCCACCACAACAACCACACCAACAACCAACACCAACAUAACCAUAACCAACAUAACCAGCACCAACAGCGCAUCCAGCCCGCGUUCGUAUACGCCGUGCUAGCGAUGGCGAAGCUGAUGAAGAGCAGCAAGCUCGAGGGCGGCGCGGCGGGGCUCGCGCAGGCGACGGAGCUCGCGGGGUGUGCGCACCAGGCGUAUGAGGACGCCUUGGUGGGUGGGUGGAGGGAUGUGAGUUUGGCGGAGGCGGCGUUGAUCCUCGCCCUCUUCGAGUCCUCCGCCCACCCGCAAUACUCCGCCACACGCGCCGCCUCCGCCUUGCUCGCCCUCGACAGCGUUAUCAAAGACUUGAACCUGACGACGUCCGACCUGCACUUCCCCGACGCGACGCGCUUCCACGCGGACACUGUCCCGAUUAUCAUCACCGAUGCACCGUUCGACGAGAUGGAGGUGCGCUGUGCGUGUCUCUCCCUCGGUGCGCUCAGCCCGCCCGGUACCCUCUCUCCUGGUACCCUCACCUCUGGGGCGCUCAACUCGGGUAGCCUCGACCCAGACACGCUCAACCCGAGCGCCCUCAGCCCGGACGCAGACCCGUUCAUCAACCGCCCGCACCAGCUGCCGUGGAGCGCUGCGUGGACGGAGCAGGAGGUGAGAGAGGAGGAGAGGAGAAGGGUGGUAUGGAGCGCGUUGAGCCUCGUCUCGGAGUAUGUCGCGCAGUGCGAGACGUUCAACGAGGCGCCGGGGAGGUUUUGGAUCACAGAAGCGGCUAACUACGCCCUGUUCUUCCCUGGGGAGAUCCUCGACCGGUACGCCCCCGCCUACCAAGUGCGCGACGGCCUCUGUGCAAAAGAGUCCGUCUACGCCUUGUUCUGCCGGGCGAUGCUCCUGUGGAACUUCUGCAACCGGUUCCGCGAGCCGAGCAGGGACGAGGAGAGGGCGGAGCAGGCGCAGGAGGCGUUCCUCGAGGCGCAGGCGAUCGAGGACGCGCUGAAUGCCCAUAGGUGUAAUUUGGACACGACGAUCAUGUAUACGUGCCGCGAGUACCUGCAUAAUACGCGCAUGCUGGUCGCGCAGGCGUUUAGGGGCAGUUUUCAUGGGCUGAAUAAUGGGAAGACGACGCCUGGGCCGAUAUUCAAGCGGAAGCAGGCCGAGGAUUGGUUAUUCUACGAAGACCAAGUCAUCUCGCGCGUCAACACGCUCAUCCACCACCUCGCCGGGCCCGCAGGGCAGCAGCUCACCCGGCGGCCCUUCCGCAUCACCUGGUUCAUCAACCAGCUCGCGAUCUGCAUCGUGCUCUGGAACCACGACCGCACGCUCGAGGACGCGCUCAAGCUCGGCAAGCUCAUCCUCAACCCCAUCGAUGUGCUGAACGAGCUCUGGCCGUGUGCGGUGAUCAGACAUCGGUGCGAGUCGUUGAGGCAGCAGCUGGUUGAGGCGUGCCAUGCGGUCGGUAUGGAGGGUCCGCUGGCGCCCCAUUUUACGAUCCCGCCGAUCUUGAGGGGACCACGGUGA